ACCACGGCAACGCCAGCCGCGCCCCCGGCGCGCCGUGACGCCAUCGCCGCGCGCCGCCCGCAUACGUCAUCACGCCGGGACGGCGUCUCCAUGGCUGCGGCCGACACGGAGAUGUACCGCAAGGAGAAGAGCAUCCAGCUGAAGAGCAGCAGCUCGGCGCUGUACAACAACCUGAGUGUGCUGCGCCUGCCCGACAAGCAGCUCGCCUACUUCAGCACCGUGCACGGCACCGCCGUGAACAUGGUCAGCGCCGCCGCGGACGGGCUCAGCUUCUCCCACCGCCAGCUGCAGGUGAAGGAGGGCGGGCCGGCUCUCAGCGCCUCCAUCGUCACCCAGGCUGCUUGGUGUGUCCUGCCGUCUCGAGUUCUUCUGGUUCUGACCUCUCAGAAAGGCAUCCAGAUGUACGAGUCAGAUGGCUCCAUCAUGGUUUACUGGCAUGCACUGGAUGUCAUGGAGCAGCCGCCAGCGCACGCAGUGUUUGCUCGAGGGAUCGCAGCGGCUAGCGGACGCUUCAUCUGCGUGGGGAUUUCCUCCGGGCUGGUGCUGGUGUUUGACGUCCCCCCCAAAGGGACGAACGUCACGGUGAGCGAGGUCCUGGAGGAGCACCGCGACGCCAUCACCGACAUCGCGGCAGAGCUGGGCCGGGCUCCGGAUGGGGCUGGCGACCUGGUGACCGCGGAUGACUCUGGGAGCCUGUGCAUCUGGAGCUCCGGAGAGGAGUUCACCUUGCUCAACAAAAUCCCUGCUUUGGGCUGCACCUGCUCCUCCGUGAAGCUGUGGAACGGCAUCGUUGCUGCUGGCUACGGAAACGGGCAAAUCCGGCUGUACGAGGCAGCGACCGGCGUCCUGCGGGCCGAGGUCAACGCUCACGCGCGCUGGAUCUACGCCCUGGACCUGGCGCCCCUGACGGGGAAGCUGCUCUCGGGGGCGGAGGACUCCUUUGUUCACAUCUGGAAGCUCAGCAAGAACCGGGACACGGACGACGUCGAGAUUGAGCACUGCCACGCCGAGUGUGUGACUGACACGCAGAUCUGCGGCGCCCGUUUCUGCGACCCGCAGGGAAGCUCCUUCGCCGUGACCGGCUACGACCUGGCCGAGAUCUUCCGCUACGGCCAGGCGUAGGGGCCCGUCCAGGGCCGUGCGGCGAGGGGGAGCGGGGCAGCGCGCCCACGCCCCGCGGCCUGCGAGCGAGGAGGUUUCAGCGCGGGCUCCCGACUCCUGCUGCGCAGCACAGCCCUGUACCCGGCCGGGUGGGAACCCGUGCGUGUGCGGAGCUCGGCUCUGCUCCCAGGCAUUCCCAGAGCAAACCCUGCCCGCAGCACGGCGUGUCCACGCGCAGGGAACAUGGGCUUGGAGCUGUUCCGUCUGAAUGGGAUGCAGCUCUGCCCGGUCCCACCGGUUCCUAGGCCAAAAGCUGUUUUCCUACACCUGCUCCCUGCACCGGGGCCAGUGCUUUCCCACACCCUUCCCCGGGGGAAGGCGGCAGGGGAGAUGCUGUGGGUGGAGCCGAGCUGGCUCCCCUCUUCCCCCCCCGGCAGCUCUAGUUCCAACUUGAAGGGACGCAGGGCAGACGGAAAACCUGCGUUACACGCCGCUCCGGUCGGAGGCCCCGGGGAGCCCGUCCCCCCCGGGCUGCCGCUCCCCGUGGGCGCAGCGGCCGCGGGGCCGCCCUCCCUGGCGGCGGCACGGCUCCCUUGGGCGGAGGAGAGCAGUCUUCUCCCUGCGAGGCAGCCCUGGGGCCGCCCAGCUCCCUGUGGGGCCCAGCUCCAGAUGUGCGGGGCUGCAGCUGUGUUCCUGCUCUGGAAAAAGCCGAGGAAGCGGCGCUGCGCUCCCUUCCAGGCCAGCGGCGUGCCCCGGGGACAGCGGCUUUUAGGUCACCGCGCACGCUGUGCCCCGCUCACCCCUCUCCCCGCUCCUCUCCCUUCGCUCCCCUGGCAGGACUCGGCCCUAGUUCCCCUCGGGAGGGCCUGUCCCAGCCGUCCUCCUCCCCGCUCCUUCCUCCGCUGGCGCUGCCAGGAGCUCGCGGGCCCUGGGGAAGAGCCGACGUCCUGCUCCGUUCCCAGGGCCCCGUGGGGCAGGGGGGCGCGAGGGUGGCCCCAGCCCCCGUGCUGUGGGGCUGAGCUCGGCCCCGGGGCAGGCCCCGCUCUCCCAGGCCAAAGAGGGAGCUGCCUGCGGCUCCCAGAUGGAGACCGGCUCCGGCAGAGCCCGGCUCAGCCCCGGGAGAGCUGCCCGCAGCCCCUCCGUGCCGCUGUGGCCCCGUCCCCGCUGCCCUGCCGUUGGUCAGGGACCCUGCUCCCCGUGUGCUGCACCCCCCAGCUAUGGGCCACGGCCCCCAUAGGGAUCAGUGCCCCCACAUACCAUGUCCCCCCAGUCUGCUCCCCCACCUCAAGCUAUGGGCUUUGUCCCCCCCCCAUACCACGUUCCCCCCCGCCCCCCGUGCUGUGUCCCCCUGAUAAAGGCACUCAAGUGCUUCCCCCCGUGUCGCUCCUUCCUGCGUGCCGGGAUGGGGGGGGGGGGGGUCCUGCGCAGCACCGAGCGCCACCGGCACGUUACAAAAGGCUUUAUUAAAGGUUAAAACAGUCAA